GAGCGCGGUAAAGAGUGAAUCAUGAGUGAACUUUGCCGGGUGAGUGAGUGAUAAGGAAGACAGGUCAAAGACGCGUGCAAGAUGCCUCGACCAUCGCGCGAGUCGUAUGGCGACCAGAAACCACCGUACUCCUACAUCUCCCUGACGGCCAUGGCGAUCUGGAGCUCCCCGGAGAAGAUGCUGCCACUCAGUGAGAUCUACAAGUUCAUCACGGAUCGCUUUCCGUACUACCGGAAGAACACGCAGCGCUGGCAGAAUUCCCUGCGGCACAAUCUCAGCUUCAACGACUGUUUCGUUAAGGUGCCCAGACGGCCGGAUCGGCCCGGCAAGGGCGCAUAUUGGACGCUGCAUCCUCAGGCUUUUGACAUGUUCGAGAACGGCAGCCUCUUGCGCCGGCGGAAGCGCUUCAAGCUGCACAAAUCGGACAAGGAUCUGUUGAACGAGGAAUUGGCCGCCCUGGCCAACAUCAACCGCUUCUUCUUCACCGGACACGAUGGCCUGCCGGACGCCAUGCCACCGCCGCUGCCACCAUCGCCAGCCGCCCCGGCCGCCGUGGUGAGUCCGCCGCUGCGCCCCAGGACGCCGUCACCAGCAGCAACCCACCUGCCCAGCGAGAGGGCGACGCGGCCCAAGCGGGCCUUCACCAUAGAAUCUCUCAUCACGCCAGAUCGCAAGGACAGCCCGGAGGAUCUGGGGAGACGCCACCCGCCGCCUAUAACGCACGCGCCGCCUGUGGCCCUGCAGGCUCCCUUCCUGCAGUACCCACCACAUCCGCCGCUGCCCUACGACCUGCCCGUGCACCCGCUGCUCAUGAUGACGGCGCCCCUGGGCGGCCUGCAGCCGGCCUACUUCGGCCAGGCCGUCUAUCCCGCCCUGGCGCUGCACCAUCACGCCCCCGAGCUCGCCCGCAUGCCGCCGUCCGCCCUGCGAACCGUCUGAGGCGCCGCCGCGACUCCUAGUCCUAUUCCAGCUCACCGCAGGUCGGCCUACCAGUGAGUCUCAUCAAGUAUUCGAAAAACAAGGUUGCCAAUUGCAAACAAUUGAACGUUGGACGAUGCUGAAGAAAACUACCAAGCUAAGUAGCGCGAUUGUAAGUUAAAACUCUCGGAUUUAGAGCAUUCCUAUCUUUAUUGUUAAGCUAAAACUGACGAGAUGUUUUGUGAAAGAGGACUUUUCAGUAAUCUCUUAGAAAGUUAGAAAAUUCAAGACUGGGAAUAUUUUAAGAGAUCACUGAAAGUUUUGUGAUUUUGUG